GUGAACAGCAGUUCCGUUAAACACAGUUAUCCUUACUGUUGGAGAUCGGAAACUCCACUGAUCUAUAGGGCCGUCCCCUCGUGGUUCGUACGGGUGGAGCAAAUGUCUCAGGCAUUACUCGACUCCAACUCCAAUACCUAUUGGGUGCCUGACUUUGUGAAGGAGAAACGGUUCGGCAAUUGGCUCCGGGAUGCGAGAGACUGGGCUGUGAGUCGGAACCGGUAUUGGGGAACACCUAUACCUCUGUGGGUGAGCGACGAUGGAGAGGAAGUGGUGUGCAUUGGCUCCAUAGAGGAGUUAGAGCGGCUAAGUGGUCAAAAAGUGACUGAUUUGCACCGGGAGUCUGUGGACGAUAUUGAGAUACCGUCACGAAUGGGGAAAGGGAUGCUGAAGCGGGUGUCUGAAGUGUUUGACUGUUGGUUCGAGUCGGGUAGUAUGCCGUACGCUCAGUCUCACUAUCCGUUUGAAAACCGCAAGCAUUUCGAGGAGAACUUUCCGGCAGACUUUGUGUGUGAAGGCGUGGAUCAGACCCGGGGCUGGUUUUACACACUCGUAGUGUUGGGAACGUUACUCUUUGGAAAGGCUCCCUUCAAGAACUUGAUAUGCAGUGGACUCGUGUUGGCCGGCGAUGGCCAGAAGAUGUCUAAAUCCAAGAAAAACUAUCCGAAUCCCAUGGAUGUGGUCGACAAGUACGGCGCCGACGCCCUGCGCCUGUAUCUCAUAAAUUCGCCGAUUGUUAGGGCGGAAAACCUGAGGUUUCACGAGGAAGGGGUCCGGGAUGUACUGAAGGACGUGUUCCUGCCGUGGUUUAACGCCUAUAGGUUUUUGGUGCAGAAUAUCGAGUGGUUUGAGAAACAAAAUCGAGUGAAGUUUGCUUACGACCAGUCGCUGGUUGAACACUGCGAUAAUGUGAUGGAUAAAUGGAUCUCCAGUUUCACACAGAGUUUGGUCCGAUUUGUCAAACAGGAAAUGAAGGCCUAUAGACUCUAUACAGUUGUUCCGCGGCUCAUAAAAUUCGUGGACAAUCUGACCAAUUGGUACGUCCGUAUGAACCGGAAGCGACUGAAGGGCGAUGAGGGCAGGGAUGACACCAAUAAAGCCCUCCACACACUAUAUAGCGUUCUGAUGACAAUGAUUGAGAUGAUGGCGCCGUUCACGCCAUUCAUUACUGAAUACAUGUAUCAGAAUCUGAAACAAUUGAAGUCUGGCAAAGAUGUGCCCAAAAGUGUCCACUUUUUAAUGCAUUCGCCGGUCAGGGAUGAGAUCAUUGAUGAAGCGGUUGAACGCCAAGUGUCACGCAUGCAGACUGUGGUAGAGGUGGGUCGGGUGCUGAGGGAUUGCUUACGACCAAGUUUGGUCCGAUUUGUCAAACAGGAAAUGAAGGCCUAUAGACUCUAUACAGUUGUUCCGCGCCUCAUAAAAUUCGUGGACAAUCUGACCAAUUGGUACGUCCGUAUGAACCGGAAGCGACUAAAGGGCGAUGAGGGCAGGGACGACACCAAUAAAGCCCUCCACACACUCUAUAGCGUACUGAUGACAAUGAUUGAGAUGAUGGCGCCGUUCACGCCAUUCAUUACUGAAUACAUGUAUCAGAAUCUGAAACAAUUGAAGUCCGGAAAAGAUGUGCCCAAAAGUGUCCACUUUUUAAUGCAUUCGCCGGUCAGGGAUGAGAUCAUUGAUGAAGCGGUUGAACGCCAAGUGUCACGCAUGCAGACUGUGGUAGAGGUGGGUCGGGUGCUGAGGGACAGGCGUACAAUGCCACUCAAGUAUCCUUUACCCGAUGUGGUGAUCGUCAGCAAAGACGAGAAAGUAUUAAGUGAUGUCCAGACACUGGAACGGUAUAUCGUGAAUGAGUUGAAUGUGCGAAAAGUUACGGUCACCACAGAGAAGGAUAGAUACGGCAUUCAACUGAAGGCUGAGCCCGAUAUCAAAGCUCUAGGUCUUCGGCUCCGGAAUGAAUCUAAAGCAGUGAUACAAGCGAUCAGAGAACUGACUGACGCCGACCUCCAGAGGUAUCAGAAGAAGAAGGAUAGAUACGGCAUUCAACUGAAGGCUGAGCCCGAUAUCAAAGCUCUAGGUCUUCGGCUCCGGAAUGAAUCUAAAGCAGUGAUACAAGCGAUCAGAGAACUGACUGACGCCGACCUCCAGAGGUAUCAGAAGAGUCCGAAUGACUUCUCAGUGUCCGGACAUCGAUUAGAAGCGGGAGAAUUGAGGGUUAAGUAUACAUUGGGCGGCGAAUUGUCGACCGAAUUGUCGGACACAUAUGAAGCCGAAUCGGACGGAGAUAUUCUGGUUCUGUUGAACGUUAAGCCCGACAGACAUAUGAUGGAUGAGGGCGUCGCUCGUGAAGUGAUUAAUCGCAUUCAAAAACUCCGCAAAAAGGCUCGACUCGUACCGUCCGAUGAAGUGGUUGUCUAUCACAAGGGAACGGCUGGAGAUUUAGCGCGAGUUGUCGACGAGUUUAACGAAUUCAUAGCCAACACGUUGAAGGCGGCCUUAAAGCCGAUGCCGGCGACGCUGCCUAAGGGUUGGCAUCAAGUGAUCGCCGAAAAGGAAACCAUUAAAGACGUGACCAUUGAGUUCGUGAUUGCCUCGCAAAAUGAAAAGCUCUGUAAUACCGGCGCUAAGGAAAGUGCAAAAGUAAAUGGCAGCCAACAGGUGCUCACUAAUGGAUUGGACAUUAAAAGUGAUGAUAAAAGUGCUAAUAAUCCUAAACCUGUGAAGAAUAGCCCCAACAAAAGGACUAGUAGUACGAGUGGCGUUGGAAGUAGUGAAGGGGUAUCUGAGCCACCGUUUUGCAAGUAUUUCAAUAUCGAAUUGUGUACUAAAGAGGGAAAGACUGAUAGAAAGGCAACCGUUUUGUUGGAGAACCCGAUCGGAGAGUACAUUACGAGUGGACACGAAUUGGAUAGAAAUGUAAUUUAA